UCUCUAUAACAAACUGCCCCACAAUGCUUUGGGACUUCUCUGGAAAGAUGGCGGCAUGUCUGUAACGCGGAUGUUUUACUCUUGUUUUUUAUUUUGAUCUCAGCUUUGGACUCUGACGGUGUUUGAAACUUAAUUAAAGUUAAAUAAUUUCGACUUUUCAAGGUAGCAUUUUGGUGUGUGACAUUAUCUUGGUUGCGCGUGGUUAUAUUGAGUCAAUGGUCGCAGCAAGAACAGAGACGGAGGGGUUAUUUUGACAGCACUGAGCUAUUGAUAUAUUAUCUGGUAAUAAAAGCUGACAAGCGUUUGGAACCAUGAAGGAGGGUUUGUCUUUGGUCCAGAGGCUGAGCGCUCACCCAGACUCUCGAUGUUGGUUCGUGAGCUGGAGCCCAAACGGGACGCUUUUGGCUUCCUGUGGAGGGGACAAGGCCAUUCGGAUAUGGGGUCAAGAAGGUGACACUUGGAUAUGCAAGAGUGUUCUUGAAGAUGGACAUCAGCGCACUGUGAGGAAAGUUGCCUGGUCUCCUUGUGGAAAUUAUUUGGCCUCUGCCAGCUUUGAUGCCACCACGUGUAUAUGGAAAAAGAAGAAUGAUGAUUUUGAGAGUUUGACUGUCCUGGAAGGCCAUGAGAACGAAGUUAAAUGUGUUGCCUGGGCCCCAUCUGGGAAUCUGCUUGCAACAUGCAGUAGAGACAAGAGUGUCUGGGUUUGGGAAGUUGAUGAAGAAGAUGAGUAUGAGUGUGUGACUGUUGUCAACUCUCAUACACAGGAUGUGAAGCAUGUCGUAUGGCACCCUACACAGGAACUUUUAGCAUCGGCGAGCUACGACAACAAUAUAUGUAUUUAUAAAGAGGAUGAUGAUGACUGGGAAUGCCGCGUCACUUUAGAAGGACACACAUCCACUGUAUGGAGUCUGUCCUUUGAUAACACUGGAAAGAGACUCGCCUCCUGCAGUGAUGAUCGCACAGUGAAGAUCUGGAAAAACUGCUCACCAGAUGAUCAACAGGGAGACUUGUCAUGGAAGUGUGUCUGCACUUUGUCUGGUUAUCAUGGUCGAACAAUCUAUGACGUUUCCUGGUGUCGCCUGACUGGAGCCCUGGCAACAGCAUGUGGGGAUGAUGCAGUGCGAGUAUUUAAAGAAGAUGAAACUGCAGAUCCAGAACAGCCUGUGUUCUCAUUGGUUGCUCAAGUGGCCAAAGCACACGACCAAGAUGUGAACUGUGUCACCUGGAAUCCAAAGGAGGCAGGGCUACUCGCAUCAUGUAGUGACAAUGGGGAGAUUGCCAUUUGGAGGUUUCAAGAGGAGAGCUGAAUUUCCAUUCAAGCCCAGAAAGGGCAUCAGAGCUUUUGUUUAUAAUCCACUGAAACAUGCCAGCAGCCACAAAUAAAGUAAUAUUUGCUUAUGUUUAACACUGAUCUAAGGCAAGAAAGGUUUGGUUAAAAUAAGUGUUGUUCUCUCAGCUUACAGGCAGAUUCUGAAAUA